AAUUGAUUGAAAGAUCGAAAAUGUUGACCAACGGGAAGAGAAGAGUAUCUUACUAUUAUGACCCGGAUGUUGGAAAUUACUACUAUAGCCAAGGCCAUCCUAUGAAACCUCAUCGAAUGAGAAUGACGCACGCUUUGAUUGCGGCUUAUGGCAUGUUCAAACAUAUGGCAGUUCAGAGACCUCCACGAGCAUCUGAAAAAGAUAUUACUCGUUUCCACUCGGACAGUUAUAUCAAUUUUUUGAAAAGUGCCAGUCCUGAAAAGGUUUGGGAUAUGAACUCAAGCAUAAGAAAGUUCAACGUAUGUGAAGAUUGUCCCGUUUUUGACGGUUUAUGGGAGUUUUGUCAGAUUUCUGCAGGCGGGUCCUUAGCUGCCGCUUCGGAGUUGAACUCUGGCCGAGCAGAUAUAGCAAUUAAUUGGUCCGGUGGCUUACACCACGCAAAAAUGUCGGAAGCAUCUGGUUUUUGUUAUGUUAACGAUUGUGUGCUUGGCAUUCUAGAACUUUUGAAAUGCCAUACAAGAGUUCUUUAUGCUGAUAUCGAUAUUCACCACGGUGAUGGUGUAGAAGAAGCUUUCUAUACCACUGAUCGCGUUAUGACUUGCUCUUUUCAUAAAUUUGGAGACUACUUUCCAGGAACUGGAGAUAUUGGUGAUAUUGGCUAUGGUCCAGGGAAAUAUUAUUCCCUUAAUAUUCCGCUUUAUGAUGGUAUGGAUGACGAGUCACAUCGAGAAAUAUUUGAUGCAGUUAUGACUAAAGUGAUGGAAUGGUAUCAGCCUGGAGCUGUGGUUUUACAGGGUGGCGCAGAUUCGCUUUCUGGAGACCGUCUAGGCUGUUUUAAUCUAACUAUUGCUGGUCAUAGCCACUGUAUCGAUUUUUUUAAAAAAUACAAUGUUCCUAUACUGAUGUUAGGUGGAGGUGGCUAUACAAUUCGCAACGUUGCACGAUGCUGGGCAUACGAGACUUCCCGAGCGCUCAAUCUGGAGAUUCAAGAAGAUAUACCUUACAAUGAGUACUUAGAAUAUUAUGGUCCGGAAUUCCGUAUUCAAAUCCAUCCAAGUAAUAUGGAGAAUCGCAACACACGUGAAUACAUUGAAAACAUAAAGGCGAGGACAUUCGAGAUUCUCAGACAUUUAACUCCUGUACCCAGUGUACCUUUUCAAGAGACUCCGAAUUCAUAUAAGGGUUUAGAGAGAUUGCACGAAAAAGAAUUGGACGAGGAAGAAACCAAGUACGCUGAUAUCAGAGAAACAGUGAGGCAAAAGGAAAGAAGAACAGAGCAUCCUUGUGAGUUUGAAGAUUCAGAUGAGGAAGAUUUAGGUGCUUUGCCGAGUAUACGAAAAAAUCGCAGACUUGUGGAACGAGAAACACAAGUAAUGGAGAAGGAUAGAACUGAGAGAGAGAUAGAGCAGUCUCACUCGAAGAUGGAAGCCAAAAGUUUGGCAGAAUGAUACUAAUACUUUGAAGAGGCUUUGAUAUUUCAGUGGCAGAUUCAAAAUGACAGUAAGUUGUUCCAUUUUAAGUCCGACAACCUACAUGCGAGUAGUCGUAUACUUUUGGAAAUUUCAUCGAUUCAUAGCUUUAAUCGAGGAUAUGUGAAAUUG